AUGGACAGACACGUAAACUUAUUGAGGGCAGAUUGCUUCAAAAAAAAGAUUUUAUACGAGGAUGAAGAUUUCAUCCCUUCCGAAAAAUCUAUCUCGUUUUUCAGAAUAUUACCAGAACGGACCCUGUGGUUGAGGCCAAACGAGAUUCUUAAAAAUUCCGGCAAAAAAUUUGAAUUUUACGCACUAAAUGAAGAAAAUGUCGUUGAUAUUGGGCACGGAAAAUAUGGAUCAUCAGAUUUAGUUGGGGCCCUAGCAACCAUAAUCAGCAGGCCAGACAUUUUUAAAAACAUGCACAACCUUCCUAGCCAGCUUAACUCUGAAGAAAAUUCUCUAAUUAGUGAUUCUCUGGGUGCCUACUCUUUCAAUUUUUACUACAACGGUCUGUGGCAAGAGGUUGUCAUUGAUGAUCGUCUACCCGUCGAUAGAAAUAAAAAAUUCCUUUUUAUUAGGAGCUUUUCAUUCCAAAAUAAUAACAGUAAUAAUAACAAUAAAAAUAGUAAUAAUUGUGUCAAUUUUUUUCCUCCAUUGGUUGAAAAAGCAUUAGCCAAACUUUUAGGAUCCUAUGAACUCAUAUCAUAUACACCAUAUCAAGAACUGGUACACAUUCUAACUGGGGGCGUAGUUGAAUCCUUCAAUCUCGAGUUGGCACCGCCCUCUCUUCCGUUUCUGUCCAAUAGCAUCUUUCGUGCCCUGCAAUCGAGCUCUCUGAUUGGCUGCUUCAUUGAUAUAUGGGAUAAACGAUCAGGCCGUGGAACUCUGAUGAGUAAUGGCCUGAGGACGGGGUACCAGUACAUCAUCAAUGACAUCAGAGAGAUAAAAUUAGUAUCAGGACACAAUGAGAUGCCCUUGACAUUAGUUAGAUUGAAGGACCCUUGGUCUACAAAAGGUUCCAAACAGUUGUGGAAAGGUGCCUGGAGCACCUGUUCUCGAGAAUGGCAAAAGUUAUCGGAUGAUGACAAAUGUGGUAUGGGCUUGACUCUAGAACAUUCUUCAGAAUUCUGGAUGGAUCUUGCGCACUUUGUCAAACUCUUCGACAACAUCGAUAUCAUCACCAUCCCGUCAUCAUCAUCAUCAUCAUCAUCAAUGGUGAAACAGCUAUCAUCAUCAUCAUCAUUGACAACAACAACGUUAUCAUCAUCAUCAUCGACAUCUGGUGGGGAGUUGAGUUGGAAAAGUUUUGUUUUCCAGGGUAGAUGGCAGAGAGGUUUGAAUGCUGGCGGGAGGCCAAUUUGUACAGAAUGCCACCACACCAACCCCCAGUACAAGCUGUCAGUCAACAGGCCAGACUCCGACCAGAUCUGUCUAGUCAUAAUCGAAUUAGAACAAAUCAAUAAUAAUAACCGUAAUAAUAAUAAUAAUAAUAAUUUUGGAUGUAAUUAUGGUUCUUAUAAUAAUAAUAAUAAUAAUAAUAAUAAUAAUAAUAAUAGUAAUAAUGAUAGGAGUUUGAUGGGUGUUGAGGAUAGGAAGGAUAUUGGGUUUGUUCUCUAUGAGUGUACCAAAGUCACUAGAUUACCUCUAUCGAAAGAGCACAUGGAGAGGAACCGCUUUGUUGCCAAGUGCGAUUUCUUCUCCGAUGCCAAAUUCGUCACGAAACGCUUCCUACUGAAGCAGGCAACAUCGUUCGUCAUCGUGCCGAGUACCUACCACAGCGGCCUCGACUGCUCCUUCGCCCUCAGGGUCCUGACUUACUGUGAUGAGAACUUUGUCGAAUACAUCGAAACUCCAGACAGCCCAUCUCUAAACACAUCUCUGACGUCUACUAUGACGUCACUGCAACAGCAUCAACAACAAAAUGGCGACAACAACAACAGCAGCAACAAACAACAGCAACAAAUUGUUGACGAGCACGAAUUACUGUUGAAAAGCAUUAUACAUUGUAAGAACGAAGUUGACUUACCCAGAGGUCAAAUAUCUACUGAGCCUUGUGAGAUCCUGGAAGGCUACAGGCUGAGCCAUAGUUUGGUGAGCAAGCUGAUUUACAGACUGGAGGAUGAAGAUAGGAUGAUCAGCGAGGAAAAGUUCAUGAUGUAUGCUUACAAAGAGAAAAGCGUAAGUUUGAACUGCACAAUGGAUGAGACACAUUUUGGGUCACCACAAUUAGACGAACGGUUAGUCACCAAAUUGACUACUACCCAUUUUAAAGCCACUUCUUAGCUUCUUUCCAGUUGAUAAAAUAAAUAGAAUUGAGUUUUUGAAUAAUUAUUUGGUUAUUUCUUUCGACAAAAAAUCUAUUUAUAUUACGAUACGAUGUAUAAUUUAUAUAAUAUAUAUAUAUUUACGUUUACUGAUUAACUCAUUAAUUCAUUCACUCACUCAUCAUCCUCUGUCAGGUCAGGAUGCAUAAGAAAUUCAAAUUUUACAAUUUAAUAAUAGUCCACCGCAUGUCCAAAUAAUUAUUUAUAAUUUAUAUAAAUUAUAUUAUAUAUUAUUGAUUGCAUUUUCUGACAGUCUUAAUCAUAUAUAUAUAUAUAUACAUAUAUAUAUAUAUAUAUAUAUAUAUAUAUAUAUAUAUAUAUAUAUAUAUAGACAGUACCUAUAGCAAGGCACUGAUAACAGACCAAAAGUAAUAA